GGAGCCAAACACGACUUCCUUCUCUUCCAAACCUCAGCUACUGACUCUAAACCGUUCCACUCCGCUGCUACCUUCGGCCAGCCGCCGUCAUAUCCGCUAACAAUUCCUAGGUUGCAGCCACAGUCUCCGCCCUCCUGGCGCUUUUUUCCGGCACCGGCAGGAGCUGUGUAAGUCGGGGAUUCUGCAUGUUCGUGCUCCUCGGUGCAUCGCCAGGGCUUGUUUUGACUCGAAUUUGGUUAUUGUUGUUGUCGCCGUGACCUCUUUCUCUGCUGCGUGGUUCGCUUUCUGCAAUCAGCGGUAUAUAUAGGAAGAAUGAGAAUUCCAACGAGGAAGGAUAACAUAGAAGUAGGCCUUAUGCUCCUUUCUCAAGCCAAAGAAAGUGGGGUUGCACCAAACCUUAUUAUGUGUAAAUCAGUAAAUGCAUAAUUGGAAGCUUGCAGCCGAGCAGUGAGAUCUAGGAAAGCUUCUUCUUUGCAGGGAAUUGUUAGGCCGCCCAUGGGAUGAUUGAAGCCGAAUUCUUCUUCAGCCCGGUCAAGCAGGUCUAGAAAUGAAGGGUGGUUCAAAUAUGAAAUGGGAACAACGAAUCUGGUCUUCUGGAAUUCCCCAACAUACACUGCAAUGUGCCCUUUUGGCACAUCUGUCAAGUUUCUUGCAAAACGAGACUGCAGCUUAACGGCUUGCUUGGCAUUGAGGAUCAUGGAUGGCAAACGGAUACCCAUAUCUGAUUCUGAAGGGAAGCUGAAAAAAUGGUGAGUUGAUCUAAAUUGGCUUUGCUUGAGUUGCAGUAGGUGAAUUAAGCUUGGAUAGCUUGAGAGCUGGAUUGAUUGGCAUUUAUAGAGAGGAGUUUCAUAUUUUUGUUGACAGAAUCAAGUGGGUUUGCUGUCAUUGGAUUUGACAAUCUGGCCUUCUGAGGAGACCCCAUCUCCACAAUGAUUCACAUGGCUUUGCCAACUAUUUUAACAACUCAUCUCUCUCUCUCUCUCUCACCAACCAAUUUGCAUUCUCAGAGGCCCAUUUACUUUCUUGCAGUUACUGUCAAACAGAAACACUUAUUGUUUAUUAUUGUUCAUGUCUGAUUAGGGCAAGGCAAAAUAUCCAUGUGAUCGGUUUUGAGGUGAAACCAAGACUAAUACUCAUGUUUGCCCUUGUUUCCACUCCCCAAAUAUGGACCAGCACGCAGUGAAGAAGUGAUGAAAUCAAUGAAAGUGGAUGGUUCAGACAUGAUAUCUGGACCACAAACCGCUUCUAUUUCUGAUAUCCGACAUACAUAGUGACAUGUCCUUUUGGGAACAUCUGCUGAUUUUUGUCUUGAAAUAUGAGUCUGUCUUUGCUGCAUUUGCCUGGCACCGGAUAUCAUGGAUGGUAGAUGAAACCCCACCAUAUAAUGAUCACUCAACUUCCGAUGAAGAAAACCAGAAGAGAUAUCAAGAUAGAUAUGGGUUUUGAUUGAGAAUGGACUGAAUGGUGUUUGUGUUUGUAUCACAGGAUGAAGGUUGGUGCCAGUGGCAG